AUGAGUAGAUUUUUUCAUCUGCUCAAUCUAAUCUUUAUUCUAUACAUUUUAAAUAUUCCGCCCAGUGAAAAUGUUGAUCGGAAUAAUUUUAAAACUUGUGAACAAAGUGCAUUUUGUCGACGACAACGUAAAUAUAAACCUGAUAUAUCACCUUAUGAAGUUGAUUUACGUUCAAUGAAAACAAUUCGAUCUGGACAUUUACAAUUUAUACUUCAUAAUACUCUUAAAUCUCCUAUUAAAUUUCAAUUAGAUAUAUUUACAUUAGAACAUAAUUCAUUACGAGUUAAAAUAAAUGAAAAAAAUCCAAUAAGAAAACGUUAUGAAGUUGAACAUGCUCUUGUGGGUGAACCAAAACUUGUUGAUGUAAAAUUAACAAACUUAGAUGGAAAACAAGUUGAAGGUAGUUUUAGUAAAUCCGCUAAAUUUCUUCUUAAUGCAAAACCAUUUCGAUUGGAUUUAUUUACAAAUGGUAUAUUCGUUAUGAGUGUUAAUUCAAAAAAUAUGUUUAAUUUCGAACAUUAUCGAACUAAACCUGGGACAAAUGAAUCAACAGGUGAAAAUAAUACCGAAGAUAAUGAAGAUGGAAUGUGGGAAGAAACAUUUAAAACUCAUCAGGAUUCAAAACCAUAUGGUCCAUCAUCAAUUGGUGUAGAUGUGAAUUUUCUUAAUUUUGAAAAUGUUUAUGGUAUUCCAGAACAUGCUGAUGCAUUUUCACUUAGAUCUACACAUGAUACUGAUCCGUAUCGACUUUUUAAUCUUGAUAUUUUUGAAUAUGAUAUUCAAAAUCCUAUGGCUCUUUAUGGUUCUGUUCCUUAUAUGCUAGCUCAUAAUGAACAUGCUACUGUUGGUUUCUUCUGGUUAAAUGCAGCUGAAGGAUGGAUUGAUGUUAAUAAUGAUAAAUUAACUGUACAAGGUUUCUUUUCAACAAUUGCAAGUUUUUUUUCUACAAAACCAACUGCUGAUAAAAAUGAAGUACCACAAGUGUCUACACAUUGGAUGUUUGAAUCGGGAAUAUUUGAUGGAUUUUUUUUCUUGGGCCCAACACCGAGAGAUAUUUUCAAACAAUAUUCAGUUAUUACAGGUUCUGUACCACUUCCACCGCUAUGGGCAAUUGCUUAUCAUCAAUGUCGUUGGAAUUAUAACGAUGAAGAUGAUGUUCGAAGUGUACUCAAUGGUUUUGAAAAAAAUGUAAUUCCACUUGAUGUUAUUUGGCUUGAUAUUGAACAUACACAUGGUAAAAGAUAUUUUACAUGGGAUACACAAAAAUUUCCAAAUCCUGAAAAAUUACAAGACGAUAUUGCUCGUUAUGGAAGAAAAUUGGUUACAAUUAGUGAUCCACAUAUAAAGAAAGAUGAUGCGUAUCAAGUAUAUGCUGACGCUAAAGCACUAGGAUAUUUUGUAAAAACAAAAGAUGGUGCAGAUUAUGAAGGAUCAUGUUGGCCAGGCGCAUCAAUGUGGCUUGAUUAUUUUAAUCCAGAUAUAUUUCAAUGGUACUCUCAACGAUAUUCAUUAGAAAAUUAUAAAGGAUCAACAGGAAAUCUUUUUAUAUGGAAUGAUAUGAAUGAACCAUCGGUAUUUAAUGGUCCAGAAGUAACAUUUCCAAAAGAUAUUAUUCAUUAUGGUGGAUGGGAAGAUCGUGAUGUACAUAAUCUUUAUGGUAUGCUUCAACAUAUGUCAACAUUUCAAGGUCUUUACAAUCGUUCAAAUGGACAUAUUCGUCCAUUUAUUUUAACACGUUCAUUUUUUGCUGGUUCACAACGAACAGCAGCUGUAUGGACAGGUGAUAAUGCAGCACAAUGGAGUUAUCUAAAAAUAGCUACACCAAUGUUACUAAGUUUAUCAGUAACUGGUUUUGGUUUUUCUGGAGCUGAUGUUGGAGGAUUUUUUUCUAAUCCAGAUGCAAAAUUACUUGUUCGAUGGUAUCAAGCAGCAGCAUUUCAACCAUUCUAUCGUGAACAUGCACAUAUUGAUACAGCUCGUCGUGAACCAUGGUUAUUUGGACCUGAUAAUACACGAUUAAUACGAAAAGCUAUUGAACAACGUUAUAAUUAUUUACCUUAUUGGUAUACAUUAUUUUAUAAGCAAGAAAAACAAGGAAUACCACCAAUGUUACCAUUAUGGGCAAAUUUUCCUAAAGAUAAAAAUGUAUUUAAAACAGAAGAUUUAUUUAUGGUUGGUAAUGGUCUUCUUGUUUGUCCAAUAACAGAAGCUGAUACUAAUCAAGUUUCGAUAUAUUUUCCAGGAGAAAAUACAAUUUGGUAUGAUACACGAACAUUAAUUCAAUAUAAUGGUUCAGAAACAGUACUUAUCAAUGUAGAUAUGGAAUCGAUUCCUGUCUUUCAACAAGGUGGUGUGAUUAUUCCAAAACGAUUAAGAAGACGACGUUCAUCAAUGCUUGCUUUACAUGAUCCAAUAACUUUAGUUGUCGCACUUGAUCGAAAUCAUGAAGCUAAAGGUGAACUAUAUAUGGAUGAUGGAUAUACAUAUGAUUAUAAACAUAAACGACAAAUGAUCUAUCGUCGGUUUAUAUUCAGAAAUAAUGAACUUCAUUCAAAAACUCUUGAUUUUACUGGUAAAUUCGAAACAGAUGCUUGGAUUGAACGUAUUUUGAUAUUUGGUUAUCCAAAAAAUCCUAAAAAGGUGAUAAUUAAUUCGGGUGAUAAACAAGCCAUUCCACUUCAUCAUUACCAUGCUGAAUCUCAAAUGCUUACUAUUCGACGACCUGGUCCAUUGGUAGCUUCUGAUUGGACGCUUACAAUAACGUAA